AUGGAAUCAAUUCCUUUUGAUCAGGUACCAGAAGCAUGCAAACAGCUAUUAAAUAAUGCUACAACUAAUCCAAGAAUGUACAUUAGUCUAGCGAGCGCGAAACUUCAGAAAGAUGGACUUUCAAUUGUUUAUCAUAUCGAAAUAGGUAUAGAAAGUGGUGUUGUUGUUAAUGUGAACAAUGUCCAUCUCGCUCAUACUACUUUAGAACAGUUUAAUUCUUAUGUUGUAGAUUAUUUCAAAGGAAACCCUCAUAUUAUAGAAUUUCCAACUAAAAAAUCAUUAGAUGUGUUAGACCAAACAAUUGCAAAUAGAACAAAAGACAAAAUACAAGAAUAUUUUAUACAAUUACUUAGGAUACCAGGAUUUUUCUUAUUCGAGCCAUUUCUUAAGAUGUUUGGCCUAGACCCAUCAUUUUUUGUUAUUUAA